UAGAAGUACCACCAACCAGCGAUCUGUCCAGUAGCAGGAAGCUUAGCUAAGCUUGGCUAAAUAGUCAGUCAUUUUGGAUUACAGCAUCAAUCACACACACUCAUUCACGAUUUUAUGCAGUGCGGAGGGCAAUAAUUAUAAAAGACAUUGAGUCGUUUCAGUGACAUUGGUGGCCACAUUAUUAAAUUUUUACCAUUAAAUUCAUCAUUAUUUAUGAAAAUGAAGACAAGCUCCAAAUUUGUCCUUGUGCUGGGCGUCCUUGUCUCAUCAUCACUGGCGGAGCUUCCCAGUCUGGAGUAUAACUCGGCCGAAUUAAAUUUCGUGUCAGGAACUGUAGCCGAGUACUUGGAGGAUCCCAUCUUCUACGAUGCUUAUCUUCCAUUAGUCUUCCAAUUUCAAGUCCCAAAGCAUAUGGAUAAUGCAAUGAAAAUCAUGUGGCAACACGCCACCGUUUGUAACGUUUCAGAUUCAAGGUAUGAGGGCAAGUUGUGUCCCGUGGUGCAUCAUUUGCACAAAGUCGUGGCCAACUUGAGUCAAGAUAUGGGAUUUUGGAAGGAUUUCCUACCCCACAUUGAUACAGGAUUGGCCGAUGGAAUGACCACUUCUUCCGAUCAACACGACAUACAUGGAAACCUCAUCCCCACCACGCAACCCACCACGACGACAGGGAAACCAAUAAGUCUCACAAAAUCGACCUCUCGUCCCCCCGUUAAACCAAACUGUGCUGAAAUAACGUCACAUUUUCGCCAUACUUACACCUCCCCGGAACACUUGGAAGAAUACUUGGACGCUUUACAAGGCUGUCCACUCGGUUCCCACGUCCAUCCUCCCAUCACCCCACCGAGCAACUGGAUAAUCGACAAGCAAAUCUACUACACGAUGGUGGACCGAUUCUACUCCGAGUUUUACCGGACCCUUCCAGGCACCGGGAACAUCGACUGGGUCGUGACCCUCAAUUCCUACGUAACAAUCCAAAGCCUCCUUCUCGCCAAUAAUUACAUGGAAUCGAACCGCGUCAUGAACGCUUUUUUGCAAUGUGGACAACAACUGAUUCCAAGCUCCUUCAUAAAACCGGAACUUCUUCGAGCCGCCUUGAUCCUGAAUAAGGCCAAUGUUUACAACAAUCACCUACAAUACUUGUGGGAUUCUGAUUCGACGGAAGAAAUUCAAUCCUAUUACAAACUCCCCAUCGCGGAUUGUACUUUUACAAAGGAUUUCAAAUUAGUUAUCAGGAUUCUCAUUCCUGUCAAAGUUCCGGACGUGGAGACGAGACUGCUGCAAGUUAGAACGUUCCCGUUUAUGGAGAAACUUCCCCUAAAAAAGGACAAUAGCGAUGUCACACGUUCCCAUCACGAUGAGGAGUAUGCUUUACAACUGUGCAAACUCCAGAGUCCCGGAAGUAUCGAGAUGAUCCAGUCCAAUUUCGGGCUCUUGUUUGAAAACAAGGAUAAUUGUGCGUCAGGAAAGCUCUGUGGGAGAAAUAACCUCAAUUCCUUCCUCCCAUUGGAUGGGUGCAUUUCGUCAAUUUUGUCCGGAAAUGAGAGCCUGGUCAAAGGUGGGUGCAGACUGGGCUGUUUUCCCGUCGAUGAGAGGUCACUCCCCAUCUUUCAGAGAACCUCGUCCGACACGUUUCUCGCUGUGGGGACUUCGAAAAAUAAAAUCUUCAUCCAAUGCAACGGACAACCUUUGGAGAAAUUGGACCUCGUUGAUUUGGGCGUGUUGGAAAUUAAGUUGAGUUGCAAUUGUCAGAUUUCGUAUAGGAGUUUAGUCCUCCAACCGAGCUCUCCGUGCAGCAGGGAAGAGAUGCCAAAAGUGAGACGAUUACUUCCUCUGCACUGGAAUGAUUUCUUAACGGGGAGGAAUAAUGAGACCGUUUCACUGGAAAAGAUCAUGGCUGACGAGAAGGACAAUUACUACCAUUACGAUGUCGAUAAGCAUGAUCAGCACCAAUUUACGACUACGACUGGGGGGUCUGCUGACCAGCAUGAAAAGACGGACAGACAAAUUUCGAUCCAACCUACUCAGGAUUCUGUUUCGACGGGGAUGAUUGUGCAGAUUUCUUUGCUUUGGAUCCUCGUCGUCGUUUUGAUUGUGGCGAAUGCCUACUUAUUUUACGAAUUGCAUAGAUUGCUGCAAUGGAAAAAGAUUCAGGUUUAUAAAGAUACCAGGAUUGUGUAUAGUGUUCCUCCCUCGCCACAAUUUCCGAAUAAGUUUUGAUACAAUAAAUAAUAAUGUUGGAGUCGAUGGCUCUUCACCCAAAUCGUGAAAAUCAAAACGUUUUUGAUCAUUUUUUCGGUUCUGGGAAUUUAUUUUAACAUUCUGGACUGGACGGGAAAUUUGUAGUCAAUAAAUUAAAUCCCGGUGAGAUUUUUUGAAGUUAAGAUAAGUCAGUUCGAUGAGUUCAAAUUUUUCUGAAGGGUUCUUCAACUUUAUAUAUUUUUAAAUGGUAACCAUCUGCUCUACAACGUUGUCUUACAAAAUUUUGAAAUAAAAUCCCAGAGCCGAGAAAUGAUGAAUUUGAAAAUGUGCUGAUUUGAUGAUUUAGGUGAUGAGUCGUCGACACCUAUAAAUAAAUAUUUUGAUUUUUGAGGAGAAUAAAUUUUAUAAAGUUAUUA